GCGUUGGGCUGGCGGCUUACCGUUCAGGGUCUCUGGUAGAGCUUCCGUCUCUUCUGUUCCGCUCUGACCUGCUCUGGUGGUUGGAGUCGAGGGAAGGACGCAGGAAGACCUAGGAAACCUCGCAAUGGACUCAUUGGCUAUUGAGGAUGUGGUUGUGAACUUCACCCUGGAGGAGUGGGCUUUGUUGGAUCCUUCACAAAAGAAACUCUACAGAGAUGUGAUGCAGGAAAUCUUCUGGAACCUGGCCUCAGUAGGAAAAACAUGGGAAUAUCAUGACAUUGGAGAUCAGUACAAAAACCAGGGGGGAAACCUAAGAAGUCCUAUGGUAGAGAGACUCUUUGAACGUAAAGACAGUAGUUCCUGUGGAGAACACUUCAGCCUUAUUCCAUCUCUCAAUCUGAAGAAGAAAACUACUGGACUAAAACCAUGUGAAUGCAGUGCAUGUGGAAAAGUCUUCAUGGAUCGUUUAUCCCUUACUAGACACAUGAAAUGUCACAUUGAACGUGAACCGGGAAAGUUUCAAAAAUAUGGUGACAAGCUAUAUAAAUGUAAGCACUGUGGUAAAGCCUUUAAUCAUUUCACUUCCUUCCUAAUGCACAAAAGGAGUCACACUGGAGAGAAACUGUAUGAAUGUAAAAUAUGUUCUAAAGCAUUGAGUACUCUCAGUUGUCUUCGAAAACAUGAAAGAACUCAUACUGGAGAAAAACCCUAUAAGUGUAAGGCAUGUGGGAAAGCCUUCACAUGGCUCAUAACCUUUCAAAAACACAUGAUAACACACAGUGGAGAUGGACCUUAUAAAUGUAAAGAAUGUGAGAAGGUAUUUGUUAAUCCCAGUUCUCUUAAAAUACAUGAAAGGAGUCACACUGGGGAGAAACCCUAUCAAUGUAAACAAUGUGGCAAAGCCUUCAGUUAUUACUGUUCCUUACGAGUACAUGGAAGAACUCACACUGGAGAGAAACCCUAUGAAUGUAAACAGUGUGGAAAAGCCUUUAGUUGUCAUGAAAGCAUUCAAACACAUGAAAGAAUUCACACAGGAGAGAAACCCUAUCAAUGUAAACACUGUGAGAAAGCCUACAGAUACCACAGUUCUCUUCGAACCCAUGAAAGGAGUCACACUGGAGAGAAACCUUACCAGUGUAAACAAUGUGGAAAAGCCUUUCGAUGUAAACAAACCUUUCGAGCACAUGAAAGGAGUCACGGAGGAGAGAAACCCUAUGAAUGUAAGCAGUGUGGUAAAGGCUUCAGUUAUUUCAGUUCCUUCCGAAUACACAAAUGGCAUCACACUGGCGAGAAACCGUAUGUGUGUAAAACAUGUUCUAAAGCAUUGAGUAGUGCCACUUCUCUUCGAAAUCAUGCAAGAACCCACACUGGUGAAAAGCCCUAUGAGUGUAAGGAAUGUGGGAAAGCCUACACCUGGCACAAAACCUUCCAAUAUCACAUGAUAACACAUACUAGAGAUGGACCUUAUAAAUGUGAAGAGUGUGAGAAAGUAUUCCUUAAUCCUAGUUCUCUAAAAAUACAUGAAAAGAGUCACACUGGGGAGAAACCCUAUCAAUGUAAACAAUGUGGUAAAAGUUUUAGUUCUCAGAAAGGUUUCCAAAUGCAUGAAAGAACCCAUACUGGAGAAAAACCCUAUGAGUGUAAAAUAUGUGGGAAAACCUAUACAUGGUACAAAACCUUCCAAUAUCACAUGAUAACACACACUAAAGAUGGACCUUAUAAAUGUAAAGAAUGUGAGAAAGUGUUCAUUAAUCCCAGUUCUCUUAAAAUCCAUGAAUGGAGUCACACUGGAGAGAAACCCUAUCAAUGUAAACAAUGUGGUUUAAGUUUUAGUUCUCAAAAAGGUUUACAAAAUCAUGAAAGAAAUCACACUGGAGAAAAACCCUAUGAAUGUAAGGAAUAUGGGAAAGCAUUGUUUGUUACCAGUUCUUCUCAAAGACAUGAAAAGACUCACACUAGAGAGGAACGGUAUGUGUGUAAAACAUGUUCUAAACCAUUUAGUACUCACAGUUCUCUUCGAAAUCAUGCAAGAACCCACAUUGGAGAAAACCCCUAUGAAUGUAAAAUAUGUGGGAAAAGGUUCAGUUCCACCUAUGUUCAAGUGCAUGAAAGAACUCACACUGGAGAGAAACCCUAUCAAUGUCAGGAAUGUGGGAAAGCCUACAUUUCUCUGUCAAGCAUUCGACGGCACAUGAGACUGCACACUGGAGAGAAACCAUAUAAUGUGAAGAAUGUGGGAAAGCCUUCUUUUAUCACAGUAAUUUACGAAGGCAUGAAAAGGUUCACUAGAUAAAACCUCUUGUUUGUAAACAGCUUGGGAAACACUUAAGUUGGCCCACAUCCUUAGACGUGAAAACUCCUAUGAAGAGGUAUAAAUGUAACAUGAGAUAACUUGAUGGAAAGUAAUCCAUGCCUAAUGUUCCAGAAAACCUUCAGUAUGAAAGAGUUGUUUUAAAAGUUUUUAAAUACGCUGUGUUUAGCAAGGAUCUUUCUUAAAGGGUAUCCUUGGACAUAGGAUCUCUACGAAUUUCAAAAAUAAAUAUUAAUGUGAGUUCUGUAAGUUGUCUUUCAACAAUAGUACAUAAGGUUUAAAGGUAGUGAUUUUGAG